AUGUCUCAUGACGUAGUGAAGAAUGGGAAAAAUGGGAGUGGUGCGCAAACGUCGGAAAGCUCGCGGGAAGGUUCAGAGAGCCCCGCUCCGCCGCCAGACGGAGGGUGGGGAUGGAUGGUCGUCUUCGCCUCCUUUAUGAUCCACAUUGUCACUGAUGGCAUGACGUAUUCGUUCGGCGUGUUCUAUGCAGAGUUCUUGACCUAUUUUAAUGAGGGCAAAGGAAAAACCGCUUGGAUCAUCUCCAUUCUUGUUGGGGUCACACUUAGUUCAGGUCCCAUAUCAAGUUCUUUUGUAAACCGAUGGGGUUGCCGUGCUGUGACCGUGGCAGGCGCGGUGCUAUCAUCAGUUUGCGUAGUGAUUUCGGCGUUUGCUGGCAACAUCCUAACACUUAUUUUCACCAUCGGUAUCGGAGCCGGCUUUGGCUUUGGACUCAUCUACCUCCCUGCGAUAGUCAGUGUGACUGUUUGGUUUGAACGCUACAGAAGUCUUGCUACAGGUAUUGCGGUAUGUGGAUCAGGACUUGGAACAUUUUUAUUUGCUCCCAUCACAGCAGCUUUAAUAGAUUAUUAUGGCUGGCGCGGUGCCAUGGCCAUUAUCGGUGCCUUUAUACUUAACUGUGUCCCACUGGGGCUAAUAUUCCUACCAGUACCUGAAUCCCCACGAACCCCAGCUUCAGAGCCUAUGCUACCCUUACAAAAUAAGUCUCCAUUAAAAAGGUCUCAGAGCACAGAAAAUGUGAUAAGGGCGAAUGGAAAAGAUGAAGAAAACGAUAUGGCAAGAUUGACUCUCUCCCAACCUGCAUUAAAUAAGACACAGCAAAAUGAACAAAAGCAAACGCGUUCACGGCAUGGCAGUGGUAUCAUGCACAAACCAGAUAUAUUAUAUCAAGGAAGUAUGCAAAGUCUGGCCAAAUUUAGAUCGACUACACACAUACCUGAAAAAUCUCAAGAACAAAAAGUUGAAUUGGAAGAAAGAUGUAGUUGGUUGCCAUGCUCAUCAGAGUUUAAAUCGGCGCUGUCAGCGAUGCUUGAUUUGUCACUUCUCACAGAUCCUAUUUUUAUUUUAUUUGCAAUAUCAAACUUUUUAACUAGUAUAGGCUUUUAUAUACCAUAUGUAUACAUAGUACCGAUGAGCGAGAGACUGGGAAUUGAGAAUCCACCAUAUUUAAUUUCAAUUAUUGGAGCUGCGAAUUUGAUUGGAAGAAUAAUUCUCGGCUAUAUUAGUGAUAAACCAUGGGUUAACAGAUUGCUGGCUUAUAAUGUGUGCCUUACUAUCGCUGGCUUUAGUACAGCAUUAUCUAUGGCCUGCUGGGAAUUCUGGGGUCUUGCAUUAUACGCUACCACUUAUGGCUUCACGAUAGGUGCAUAUGUAGGCCUUACGUCAGUCGUCCUUGUUGACUUGUUAGGUCUUGAGAAAUUGACCAAUGCGUUCGGUCUUCUCCUACUUUUCCAGGGAAUUGCUUCUCUUAUAGGGCCACCUUUCGCAGGGUGGUUGUUCGACACGUUCCAAUCUUACGCGUCAGGAUUUUACGUCGCUGGCGCUACGAUAGCAUUGAGUGGACUGAUUUUAUUCCUUAUUCCCGUGAUCGAGAGGCGAAACAAGAGGCGAUGCUACGAGGAAACUCCAAUGGCAGAGAUAUAG